AUGUUUACUUCGUGGAGGGAUGUGCAGGAUUGGUACGUCCCCAGCUGGAGGAUUGAGCCAAAAUACUCUACUAAAGUACUUAUCGGGAACUGGCUGGAAGAAAGAAAAGAGUUUAUAAGAGAUCAUGAGGGAACUGGCAAAAGCAUCUACGGACGAGACUUCGUUCGCUUUCCACCUGAGGUACCAGACAAGGCGGAAGCAAGGAGAAUUAUGAAAAAACUGGAUGGCCUGCCGAAGAAGUACCUCUUGACGCAUCACGAAGAAGCAAACCACCAGAACCUAAUAACGCAGUACGACGAUCAAUACAAUAGACACGGCUAUAACUGUUUGCUGCCUCCACUUCGCAAAUGGAACAGACACAAACUGGCGUGGACUCCAGAGAAAUCAGACUACCCCCUUGUUGAGCCUCCAACGAACUAUGGACUUUUUGAGCACCUUGUGAAAAAAUGGACUCACAAAGAGCCUGGAGUGAAGAACAGUGUCUACAGCAUAUCCUACACCAAGCCUCCAAUCUCAUCUUACACCAUCUGUCACCGGCCUAUCAUGCAGCCAAUCAUAGACCCCAACCGUGAGCAGCAGUGGCUAUCAAGAAGACUCGAUGCGUGUGUGUGAAGGGGGUGCAGAAU